AUGGAGCGCUUCAUGCGUUUAUUUUCAACUGCCUUCGUCUUCUUUCUGCUUCUUGCAGCUGCUGGGAUGAUGGGGCCAAUGGUUGCUGAGGCUAGGACCUGUGAGUCUCAGAGUAAUCGGUUCAAGGGAACUUGCGUGAGUACAACCAACUGUGCAUCUGUUUGCCAAACUGAGGGCUUCCCUGGUGGCCAUUGUCGUGGCUUUCGCCGCAGAUGCUUUUGCACUAAACAUUGUUAA